UAAGCCAAUCAGAGACCAACUUUGUAAUUGGUAUCAAGGAAAGAGGCCAACUGCUAGGGAAAUAUGCAGCUCUAGGAAAUAUAUAAAAAGGCCCGAGGUGGAAGUCACAGCCAAAACUCAGAAAUUUCUCCAAGCAACCCAACUCUCAACCCAACUCUUGACACCAUGGCCUGCUGCCACACCAGCUUCUGUGGGUUUCCCAGCUGCUCCAUCGAUAAGACCUGUGGCUCCAACAGCUGCCAGCCACGCUGCGGUGAGACCAGCUGCUGCCAGCCAAGCUGCUUUGAGACCAGCUGCCAGCCACGCUGCUCUGAAACCAGCAGCUGCCAGCCAACUUGCCUCCAGAGCAGCUACUGCGGGACUGGCUGUGGCAUUGUUGGUGGCAUCAGCUCUGGCCAGGAAGGUGGCAGUGGAGCUGUGAGCUACCGUGUCAGGUGGUGCCGCCCAGACUGCCGGGUGGAGGGCACCUCCCUGCCCCCGUGCUGUGUGGCGAGCUGCAUCCCCCCAUCCUGCUGCCAGCUGUACCAGGCCCAGGCCUCCUGCUGCCGUCCAUCCUACUGUGGACAGUCCAGCUGCCGCCAAGUCUGCUGCUGCCAGCCCAUCUGCUCUGAGCCCAUCUGCUAAAGGCCAGGUUGCUGAUCAGUUAAGAAUGAAAGGAGGAGGGUAGGAAAACUGCACUCACCUGAAGUGUUCAAUUUUCUCUUGAAUGCUAGGUAUCAUCUAUGAAAAAUAACGAAAUCUUAGGGACCCCUUAGAUGUGCUUAACUCACUGAAAACAGGCAUCAAGCAGAGUGUUCCAUGUCAUCUAUCUGGCUUCAGCAGGGCACCAGCAUGGCCAGUUCUUCAUUCCAGUGACAUCACUGGUCUCCUCCCUAUUUCUUCAUCUUCAUGCAUUUCCAGACCUGCUUUCUCCUUGAAUGUCUUCUGUGAAUUUCAAAUAAAAUGUUUAAAUGUGCAAAGCAAACUGAGUUACUGUCCUCCUUCUACCUUUAAGCUUGACUAACUGUAGCUCGAAUUCAAGAAGGGUGGAUUUGUGUUUUGAUGAUACACAUAAAAUCUAAACUAGGAAGACCAAAUAUAAAUUAAAUUAUGCUCGAGUCCAUCAGUUAACCAAGUGCCCUGUGCAUUAAAUAGUCUUUAUAGUUCCUCAAAUGCUCACGUGCCCUAGCAUAUUACAAUUAGGUCUAGAUUGAUAAGGCCACUUUCAGUUAAAAUUUUCAGGUUGAUCAAAGCUAUGGUAUUCCUAUCUAGAUGUUAUGGAUAACAUCUUUAAUCUCUUUCCAUUUAGUACACUAAAUGUUCUCUUCCAUGCAUGCCCAAUAUGUAAAGAAAUUUUAAGACCUACGAAAUAAAUUUUAAAUGUACAGCUACCAGAUACCAUUUCUAAGAGCACUUAGCUUCUUCCUAUGCCUUAGUCUAUCACAUUCUUCCCACUGGUCUCCAAAUUGCUUUCUAUAUGUCACUUCUCGAA